GGCGGCGGCCGAAAAGACCUUGGCCUGCCCGGCCAGCGCCUCGCCAUGCAGCACCUGGCGGGCCAGAUUGCUCAUUUCUACUACGUCGUAGUCCACAAGGCCAAGGCGGCCGACGCCGGCCGCUGCCAGGUACUGCGCCAGUGGGCAGCCGAGCCCACCGCAGCCCACUACCAGCACCGACGCGGUGGCCAGGCGCAGCUGCCCCUGCACGCCCAGCUCAGGGAGCACCAACUGCCGGCUAUAGCGCAAAAUCUCAUCUCGAGACAGGGACGCCUUCGGCGGCAGGGGUGACACCGAAACCAGCCGCUGUGGCUCCUGCUCCGCCAGAACAGCCGCCGCCAGCUUCUGCUUCAGGAAACUCAGCUCCUCCUCACGUUGGGCAACUUGAGCCCGCAAGGCGAGCACCUCCUCGCUGGAAGCCAUGGCGCUCCCUCUCGGAAGUUGUCUUGAAAGGCAUUUCCGCUUCCGGCUUGCCGUCUCCUAGCGACUGGAAUAAACUAAACAGUUUCACGGAGCUUAGGAAAAAGGGAUAACUCGACAUGUACUGCCUUAAGAUGCCCUAAGGUUCAACGUCAACGAUUGAUAGUUCCUGAAUAUCUCCAAUGGAACAUUGAAGAGAGGCUUAGGAGAACGAGAACCUAAGUACAUGGACUGUUCCCCUCUUCUCGAAUUUGGUACGGUCCGCCCCGCCCCUUCCCGCGCCACGUUGACGUCAUUCCGCUUCCGGGGCCUCGCGCAAUUCCGCCAUGGCCUCCGAGGAAGCGAGUGGUGGCUCUCGUAGGUCUCGGCGGGAGCCGGAGGGGCGCGUCCCACGACAGGACAAGUACUCGGUGCUUUUGCCCACUUACAACGAGCGCGAGAACCUGCCGCUCAUCGUGUGGCUGCUGGUGAGAAGCUUCUCCGAGAGUGGCAUCAACUAUGAAAUUAUAAUCAUAGAUGACGGCAGCCCGGAUGGAACAAGGGAUGUCGCGGAACAGUUGGAGAGGAUCUACGGGUCAGACACGAUUCUUCUAAGACCACGGGAGAAAAAGUUAGGACUGGGAACUGCAUAUAUUCAUGGAAUGAAACAUGCCACAGGAAACUACAUAAUAAUUAUGGAUGCUGAUCUCUCACACCAUCCAAAAUUUAUUCCUGAAUUCAUUAGGAAACAGAAGGAGGGUAAUUUUGACAUUGUCUCUGGAACUCGCUACAAAGGAAAUGGAGGUGUAUAUGGCUGGGAUUUGAAAAGAAAAAUAAUCAGCCGUGGGGCCAAUUUUAUAACUCAGAUUUUGCUCAGACCAGGAGCAUCUGAUUUAACAGGAAGUUUCAGGUUAUACCGAAAAGAAGUUCUACAGAAAUUAAUAGAAAACUGUGUUUCUAAAGGCUAUGUCUUCCAGAUGGAGAUGAUUGUGCGGGCAAGACAGUUGAAUUAUACUAUUGGCGAGGUUCCAAUAUCAUUCGUGGAUCGUGUUUACGGUGAAUCCAAGCUGGGAGGAAAUGAAAUAGUGUCUUUCUUGAAAGGAUUAUUGACUCUUUUUGCUACUACGUAAAAGAAAGUUAUUCAUUAUACUAUCAUGUUGAUUCAUUUAAACAUAAAAGAAGCCUGGUUGCUGAUUUUUAUAAAAUGUACUGUUAGAGCGUAAAUCAUAAGGUAAGGUAAAUUUCAUACAAAUCUUUUUUUCUGAGGAAACUACAUUUUAUAUGUCAAAUUAAAUUAGAAAAACGAGCAAUGUUCUGUUUUCAUUUGCAUUUUGCUGUAUUAAGACUUAUAAAUAAAUGUAUUGCAGGUUUUUUUCUCCCCAGAAAGUAUUGCUUUCAUUAGAGUAUGUGAGUGCAGAAUUUCUUACAUGGGGAAGAUUUUGAAGUGUACAAAAACUGGAUUCAUAGCUCUUUAUAAUAGUGUCAGAAGUAAGAAAAAUGUUAAUUUUAUUCAUGAAAUAUAAUAUGGCUAUUUCUGUAAGAAUGAGCAAGUAGACACCUCUGCCCUUCUUAAAAAAUGUAUCAAAUUUCUUAAACUAGAUAAAACAAUAUAUUCAGAUCACAAUUUUAGAAUUUGGCUCUUUGUAGCUGUUGAAUUGAUGAAGCAUUACAUCUGUCAAAGCAAGUCUAUUUAAAAUACAUACUGUGAAUUGGAAACUUGACAUCAGUUGAUGGCAUAGCUUUUUUCCCCCUAUCCUGAGCAAUAGCUUCUAUCAGUAAGAAAAAAUACCAAUUAAAUUUGCAGGAAGGCAGACUUUAAGCAAUUAAGCUUAGAAACAAGUUGACUUCCCAAAUAAGAGACAUCCAAGCAUAUUUAUUGAACAGUAUUCCUAAAUAACAUUUUCCUGGCCUAAUUUCAUUGUUAAAGAAAUUCAAAAUCUGAUUUUUCCAUUGCAUUUCUAACAUACUACCGGAAAUUAAUACCAGAACAUAAAACCUUUGGUGUCAUUUUGAACAUUACCUGUUCCCAUAGUUGAAUCCAUAGGACAUUCCAGUAGGGCCUCCAGUAUUGUUUCCCUUUUACACAGAGCUGUAGGCCAGCCAGCAUUCCACAGACCCACCUUCCUUGGGGAAGUGACCUCUCUUGUCAUUAAUAACAAUGAGAAAGUUCAUCACUAUUUGAAGUAAAAUUAGUUUUAAGCUAACGAAAUAGAAAUAUAGUUCGUUUUUGUUGUUGAAUGUUUAGAACCUCUUCUGCUUCAUCUAAGUCAAAAGUUUUUAUUGUCAGGUAUGUGGUAACUACCUCAGAGAACUCCUGCAGUAGAUCGCUGUCUUUUGCCUUUUUAAUCUUUUUGGUUCUUGCACCCAAAACCAUUACAACACUGUCACUAUUGGAAUUUAUAGUAAAGAAAGUAUUUGAGCAAUGAAGACUUUCAUCACUUAGAAGUUAUUAAGAAAAUCUGGACUAUCUAGAUGCAUUUUUUCUAGUAAAACUGAUGAGUUAAACACUAAAAUAUUUUUAAACAUUUCCAUGUGAACCUAGCAUCUCUUUUUAUUUUGUAAAUUAGGUCAAGGAUGAAAUCCAGAUGUUUUCCCCUUUGUAUGUGUAUUAUCACUGUAUGAAAUCUAAGUAUAUCUAAGGAAAACGAAACUGUGAUAAAAUUAUUUUGCUUCUUUCA